GCUCCCGGGGGAGCGUCGGGACAGACCCGCUUUUGUCCGCGGCCUGGCGCGAUCUCCGCAGGCGGCAGCCAGAGCCGGCGGGCCGGGCCGCGCCGCCACAAAUCCCCGUCAGAUAUUAUAUGCACAUGGGUUCAAGGCCCUAUCUCUCUUCAUGCCUGCUACUCUCUUCUGUUCCCUAGUUCCCCAGCUGGACCUUGUUUCUGGCUGUUUGUGCAGUUGGAAUUGGAGGGACCUUUCAGUAUGGGUAUAAUGUUUCCAUUAUCAACGCACCCACCCAGGUAAAAUACCAUCUCUUGUUCACAGGGUUGGUUUACAGUAAUAGAGGUAUCCUGUCUAACUGGAUGAGCGGCCAAAUGCACUUUUACUGUGAUUGUAGUGGGAGCCAAAGCAGGAUUCCUCUCAUAUGAAGGAUUCUUGUUGAUUUCCAAAAUGGUUUCAUGUGAAUUUGCUUGUGAGUACCUCCCAUCAGAGGUAUUCUGUCAGAUACGCCACAUAAAUACCUCUGUUAAAGUUUGGUUUAGAAGGAUUAACUGAAUGAAUAAGUAACAUCUUCCAGUUACAUCUUUGACUAAAAUACCCCAGAACGUUAAGAACAGAAUGGAACAGAAUAUUUUCAGUUGUAAGUGACCUACAAUGAUCAUCUAGUCCAAUUGCCUGACCACUUAGGGCUGGCCAAAUGUUAAAGCAUGUUAUUAAGGACAUUGUCCAAAUGCCUCUUAAACAUGGACAGGCUUGGGGCAUGGACCACUUCUCUAGGAAGCCCUAUCAAGUGUUUGACCACUCUUUCUGUAAAAUGUCACCACUGUUUCUCCUGAUGUCAAGUUUAAACCUCCUCUGAUGCAGCUCUGAACCAUUCCCAUGCAUCCUAUUACUGGAUAACAGGGAGAAAGGAUAGUUACGUUUGUCUGUCACAAGGCAGCUUACUGAGAAAUACCUUCUUAGAGAGUCAAAAACUUGCAUCUGUAGUGUCUGAGUAUCUCACUGGUGUCUGCACCUACUUGUCACUUUUGCGUCCAUUUCUAUGGCCUUGAGGAUUCUGCCAAUUUUGUGGAUGGCUCAGUAGAAUCUGAGCAAAUGGUCUUGUGAAAGUGAUGGGUAUAAUUUUCUGCUGUCAGCUGAUUUAUUUUAUUGUGAAACUGAAGAUUGAAUUUGCUACAACAUUGUAUGCUUUUUACAAAGUUUAAAAUAAGCUGUUUGUGAAAGAACAUGUAAUAUGCUGGAAACAGAGAGAGUGUCCAGGAAAUUUGUUCUUCUGUUAAGUCUUUGCAGGCUAAGAACAGCAGCCUCUGGUUACAGAUACAUGUCAGUUCAAGAGUUUUGCCAGACAAAUUUUAGGAAACAAUGCAUGUAGAAUGACAGUUUAAAAGUUCUGACACAUUAAUACUGUAAGAAAGAGGAAUAUUAGAGUUGCAGAAAGGGAUUUUACUGUGAAUUGUUGGAUUACACUAAGGAAGAUUUAUAUCAAGUGUCAGAAUGAGUCUUCUGACAGUAAAAUUUUCUACGUUAUGUGAGACCUCUGUGCUGUGAGAUGUUCCUAAAAAACAGUAGGACCUACUCAUCUACCCUGUCCCCCCUUCAUUCAAAAGAACCUCCAAGCUCUUUUGUGGCAGUAUAUGGAAAGGUUGUUUCUCCUCUAGUGGGGUACAGCCUCCCCUGAGGUAGGGUACAAAAGCAGAGCUGCUCAGCAGUCUUUGAGAUGUAUGGAGAGUAGGAAAUGGUAUUGUGAUCAAGGAAGAUUCUGAUAGUCAUUGGUGGUUUUAAUAUAAUACAACUAAGAUGGUAUCUUGUUAGCUCUCAGAAUUGGUUUUCAGGAUUGAGGUGCAGGUUAUUUAUAGUGCUGUGCUGCUGGGCUACGCAUAAUGCUACACAUGCUUCAUCCUUUUCUACUGCAGCAUAUACACAGGUUCUUAAAUGAAACCUGGACUAGUCGUUAUCACAAGGAAGUAAAUCCAGAUUUGCUGACUUUUCUUUGGUCUGUCAUUGCUUCUGUAUUUUCACUUGGAGGCCUCUGCGGAGCCCUUAUUGGAGGCAGCAUGGCGAUUCGGCUAGGCAGGAAAGGAGCUCUUUUGAUGAAUAAUAUUAUAGCAAUAUUGGCCUCCUUUUUAGUGGGGAUCAGUUUUCCUACAGGAUUGUUUGAGUUACUGAUUGCUGGAAGGUUUUUGAUUGGCAUAAAUUCAGGUAUUGGGAUCUGUGUGCAGCCUCUGUAUAUUGGCGAGGUAGCCCCAAAACAUCUUAGAGGUGGCAUGGCCAUGGGGACUUCCAUCUUCCUGACUGGAGGGAUUCUUACAGGACAAAUAAUUGGUUUGAGGGAAUUACUAGGUGGAGAAACAUAUUGGCCUCUGUUGCUAUCCAGCAGCUGUUUCCCAGCAUUUGCCCAACUUUUAUUCCUGCCAUGGUUUCCUGAAAGUCCCCGAUAUCUUCUUAUUGACAGAGGGGAUGAGCUGAACUGUGCCAAAGCUUUGAAGCAAUUUCAUGGUUCUUCGGAGUAUCGAAGGGAGAUGGAAGACAUACAACGGGAAUGUUUUGCUUUAGAUGGGGAGAAACCGAAGAAGCCCUGGCAAUUAUUCACUGAUCGUGAUGUGAGAUGGCAGCUCAUUACUGUGAUUGUGAUGACUAUGGGCCAACAGCUCAGUGGGAUAAAUGCUAUUUAUUUCUAUGCAACUUACAUUUUUGAACAAGCUGGGAUCUCAACAGAAAAAAUCCCGUAUGUGACGCUUGGCACUGGAGCUUGUGAAUGCCUCACAGCCCUCACCUGUGGUUUAUUGAUAGACUACGUGGGAAGAAGAUAUCUCAUCAUUGGGGGUUAUCUCCUUAUGACCCUUUGGAGCAUUGUUUUAACGUUCUCUCUGACUUAUCAGGAACUGUACUCAUGGAUGCCUUAUGUGAGCAUGACAUCUAUAUUUGUCUUCAUCUUAAGCUUUGGGUUGGGACCAGGUGGCAUAACAAAUACCCUGACGGCUGAAUUAUUUACACAGUCUUCACGUCCUGCUGCUUACAUGAUAGGAGGGACUAUUAGUUGGAUUAGUUUCUUCACAGUUGGAAUGCUGUUUCCCUUUAUAGUGAAUGGACUGAAGCAAUAUUGUUUUCUGGUGUUCUUACUGGAGUGCUCCUUAGUUGCUGCCUUCAUCUUCCUUGUAAUUCCUGAGACAAAAAACAAAUCUUUUCUUGAAAUCAAAAAGGAAUUUCACAAGCUUAAUUUUGGAAGAAAUACAAAAAAAAAAGGAAACAGAGCUUUAUGAAAGAAGACAACUCCAUGAUGAAUUUAAAAAAAAACAACGUAAUUUCACAGCUGUAACAGAACUUUAAUAAGAAAUUAUUAAAUCAUCCUGUAUAUUUAGAGAAGUUUAAAGGUAAGUUAAUCUUCCUGAAAUGCUGUUAAAACAUACGUUGCUGAAAUGCUAUUAACAACAAAUUGUAUUAUACAUAGAAGACUUGAUCUUUAGAAGCCACUUGAUGUUGUAGAGAUGCAGAAAUGCCAGGAGAAGGUGUUCAAUGAAUUCUUCACCCUGGCAGAUUUCUUCGUGUAAUUCAGUAGCUCUUGUAUUUCUAAGCCCCUUCUUCAGAUUUGGGCAAUCAAGCAUAUGUUAGUGCUUUACUGAAUAAAAUAUUCUGGGGCAUUAAAACACAAACAAGAACUGACCUACUGAGAAAGCGACAUUUGAAAUAUUCUAGUUUUUAUAUAUAUAUAUUGGGGUAUUUAGUUGCUGUUUUUCACUUAAAUAACUUUUCAAAUAUUUAAGGCAUUCCUCAUCUAGUUCUACUACUAUAACUGUACAAAGACAGUAUAGCACCUAUCUGAAUUACUGCUAGUUGUAAUAAAGUUUAUUAGAAAGACUUGUUUCCUGAAAGGGUACUAACAGAAGUUUCUGGGAUUUGAGUUUAGGUUUAUUUUUUUGCCCUAAUCUAGCAUCUUACCAUUUUAAACUGCGCAACAGGGUAAAACCUCUUCUAGUUUUGAAGGUAAAUUCCCAGCAGACUGCGAUCAACAUCAUAAAAAGUACUAAGUAGCAGAGAAGACAAGUGAUAGGAAUGAAUUACUUUUCACCUUUAGAGAUUUUUCAGGAUGGUCUGAGAGGUCCUCCAAGCUCUCUGCAGUCUCCCUGUGCACGUUCCAUUGAAUGAGCUUUCUGCCUAAUCUCCAACAUUUCAUCCAGGACGCUUGCUCAACUUAAAUUCUUCAUAUUUUAGUAGUCAAAAA